GUUCGCCCAGCGGUCAUGUAUUUAAGACUCGUCCACAUCCACAGGCUGCGGCACACUGCUGGUCUGAAGAUGCAGCUCUCCUCUCUGUUCGCGUCUCCGGUGCUGCUGCUGCAGCUCUGCAUCGACAGCCUGCGCUUCAUGUUUGCCAGCUUCUUUUCAAAACUUUAUUACUCGACACCGGGAGUCUAUUCGGAAACAAUAUCAUCCGUUGCACCUGCUGCCAGUAAAGUCCACCAAGAGAAAGACCGAAAUGUGAUGACACCAACAAGUGUCAACUAUCAUUUCACACGCAAGUGUAAUUACAAAUGUGGAUUUUGCUUCCACACUGCAAAAACAUCCUUCGUCCUGCCUCUGGAUGAAGCCAAGAGGGGGCUCAAACUCCUGAAGGAAUCAGGCAUGGAGAAGAUCAACUUCUCUGGAGGAGAGCCUUUCUUGCACGACAGAGGAGAAUUUCUAGGGGAAUUAGUUCAGUACUGCAAACAAGACCUCCAGCUCCCGAGUGUCAGCAUCGUCAGCAACGGGAGCAUGAUCAAAGAAAAGUGGUUCCAGAAAUAUGGUGAUGAUCUGGACAUCCUGGCCAUCUCCUGUGACAGUUUUGAUGAAUCGACCAACCAGCUGAUUGGCAGAACUCAGGGGAGGAAGAGCCACAUCGACAACCUCCACAAGAUCCGCAGCUGGUGCCAGCAGUACAAAGUGGCGUUCAAAAUCAACUCAGUCAUUAACACCUUCAACAUGUACGAAGACAUGACGGAGAACAUCCUCCAGCUUAACCCAGUCCGCUGGAAGGUAUUCCAGUGUCUGCUGAUUGAUGGGGAGAAUGCAGGAGAGAAAGCGCUGAGAGAGGCAGAGAGGUUCGUCAUCAGCGAGCAGCUGUUUCAAGAGUUUCUGGAGAGACACAGCAGCGUCCCCUGCCUUGUUCCUGAGUCCAAUGAGAAGAUGAGGAAUUCCUAUCUGAUCCUGGAUGAAUAUAUGCGUUUCCUGGACUGUCGAGAGGGACGGAAGGACCCGUCCAAGUCCAUCCUUGAUGUUGGUGUGAAGAAGGCCAUUUGCUUUAGCGGCUUUGAUGAAAAUAUGUUUCUGAAAAGAGGAGGGAAAUACGUGUGGAGCAAAGCCGACAUGAAGCUGGAGUGGUGAAAAUGUUUUUUACGUUUGCUGAGUGAUUGCACAGAUCAUGUAUGUUGUUUUUUUUAUCUUUAGAUGUGUUAUUUUUAAAACUUACUGCUUAUGGUUGUAGAAAAACAUUGUUAAAUUCAAAGUGCAAAUGUUUGUAUUAUCUUUUUUUUGUAUAUAAACAGAUCCAUAUUGUAAAUACACAGUAUUGUUUCAUUCCACUGAAGACACUUGUGUGAGCAAAUAAAUGUGAUUUAAUAAACAUAUUUCUAAUUUUAAUAA